AGUGCAGGGAGAAAAGAAAGUGAAAAAAAUUCCUGCAGUGAAUUGAAGCAACCUGACGGUGGCGUUUAAAAUUAGUAGGGAGGGAAAGAAAGGAAAACAGUUUUUUUUAAUGUAAAAAGAGGGAGAGACUUUUUUUUAAAAGGAAAACAACAUUAGUUCUCAGUUUGCUGCCUCCUUUAGAGAUUUUGCGGAGUCAGUGGGAGGGAAGAGGAGGUUGAAGCAACAUGGCGGAGUGGCAGCGGUAGCGGGGGGAGAGAGAGAGAGGAUCGCGAGGCGCGGCGGUUGGACGGGGAUCGAGGGGAGAGGAGCGCGAGACAGAGGAGCCGUUGGGAAGUCCGGUGCGCGAGGCAGGUAGCAAGCCGCUAAGAAAGGAGUCUCUCCGCUGAGCGAGUGUGAGUGGCGGCAUCUCUGGAGAAACUCCCCUCACCCGAUCGGGAACCGGUUGGAGUAAAAGAAGAAGGGAAGACAUUGAAGUGAAGAGCCUUUUGCAGUGGGUUAUUCGGACGCUUCGACAUAUCAGUGACAACGGACUAUGAGAGGAAUGGUAGCAGGUAGCAGCCUCGCAGGCCCCUCAGUGAUCAGAAGAAGCAGUAGCACAUCAGCAGCAGCAAGAGCAUGGUCUGAGGUGGCUGCAGCAGCUGAUAUGGUUCCUCCCAGCGACUAGAAGCGAUGGUGACGGCAUAGAUGGGGCCCCCCUCAGUGUUCGCUGCUGGCACUGGCUGCAGUGGCAAAGCUCCUCCAGUGCUCGGAGCUUUACCAUGGAUUUCUGGUUUCUACUUUUGUUGCUGUUAUGCAGUGGUUUAAGAUGCCUCCAAGCACAGAACACAACAGUUUCACCUUCUACCACUACCAUCUCCACUCCAAGUUUAACAAAUUCAAGUAUACCAGGAAGAAAUACUACUGCUCAGAUUACUCCCAACCCAGGAUCAACCUCAAUGAUUGGAGAUGAUUCACCAAUGUCUAAUGUAACAGAUGCUGCCGGUGAGAAUUCUACACUAGCUACAACUGAAACAACAGUUAAGACCUUGCAAGAAGUGACUCCAAACAUUGCAAAUUCCAAUGCAACAGCUAACCAUGUCAUCACACCAAAAGGAAAAAUAAAUGAAUCGUCAAUCGAAACAACUGCUGUCCCUACGUCAGGUGGAACAACUGCUGGUCCAGACGAAAUGCCCAUCAUUGCUGUAAUGGUAGCCCUGUCAUCACUGUUGGUCAUCGUAUUUAUAAUUAUAGUUCUGUAUAUGCUGAGGUUUAAAAAGUACAAGCAGGCUGGAAGCCAUUCAAAUUCUUUCAGGCUAUCCAAUGGCCGAACAGAUGAUACAGAGCUCCAGAGUAUGCCACUGCUUGCCAGGUCUCCAAGCACCAAUCGGAAGUAUCCGCCACUAUCUAUUGAGAAAUUGGAAGAGGAAGCUAAUCGACGAAUGGCAGAUGACAACAAACUUUUCAGAGAAGAAUUUAAUGCUCUCCCUGCGUGUCCAAUUCAGGCUACUUGUGAAGCUGCAUCAAAGGAAGAAAACAAAGAGAAGAAUCGAUAUGUUAACAUCCUGCCUUAUGAUCAUUCGCGGGUUCAUCUGACACCUGUGGAGGGUGUUCCGGACUCUGAUUUUAUCAACGCUUCUUACAUAAAUGGCUAUCAAGAGAAAAACAAGUUUAUAGCAGCUCAAGGGCCAAAAGAAGAAACUGUGAAUGAUUUCUGGAGGAUGAUAUGGGAGCAAAACACAGCAACAAUUGUCAUGGUGACAAAUCUAAAAGAGAGAAAGGAGUGCAAAUGUGCUCAGUACUGGCCAGACCAGGGUUGCUGGACAUAUGGGAACAUCCGAGUAUCUGUGGAAGACAUGAUGGUGCUGGUAGACUACACCAUUCGCAAGUUCUGCAUUCAGCAAGUAAGUCUUGUAGGAGAUGUAAUGAAUAAGAAGCCUCAGCGAUUGGUUACUCAGUUCCAUUUUACCAGUUGGCCUGACUUUGGAGUUCCAUUUACCCCAAUUGGUAUGCUAAAAUUUCUAAAGAAGGUGAAGACCUGUAACCCAUCCUUUGCGGGUGCCAUAGUUGUACAUUGCAGUGCUGGUGUUGGACGUACAGGUACUUUCAUUGUUAUUGAUGCCAUGCUGGACAUGAUGCAUGCAGAGAGGAAAGUGGAUGUAUUUGGAUUUGUAUCACGGAUUCGAGCUCAGCGAUGUCAAAUGGUGCAGACAGAUAUGCAGUACGUGUUUAUAUAUCAAGCAUUGCUGGAGCAUUAUUUAUAUGGGGACACAGAGCUGGAAGUAACAUCACUGGAGAGCCACUUGCAGAAACUUUACAACAGAGUAUCUGGAUCAGGUUGCAAUGGUCUGGAGGAAGAAUUCAAGAAGUUAACUUCAAUCAAAAUACAGAAUGACAAGAUGAGGACGGGCAAUUUGCCAGCUAACAUGAAGAAAAACAGAGUGCUUCAGAUCAUCCCAUAUGAGUUUAACAGAGUUAUCAUUCCUGUAAAGAGAGGCGAAGAGAACACAGAUUAUGUGAAUGCAUCGUUCAUUGAUGGAUAUCGACAGAAAGACUCCUACAUAGCCAGCCAAGGACCUCUUCAGCAUACAAUAGAAGAUUUCUGGAGAAUGAUUUGGGAGUGGAAAUCUUGUUCUAUUGUUAUGUUAACAGAAUUGGAAGAAAGAGGUCAGGAGAAAUGUGCACAGUAUUGGCCAUCUGAAGGAUCUGUCUCUUAUGGUGAUAUUACUAUUGAAAUAAAAAAAGAAGAGGAAUGUGAAAGUUACACAGUGCGUGAUCUCCUAGUGACUAACACAAGGGAAAACAAAGUUCGACAGAUCAGGCAGUUCCAUUUUCAUGGCUGGCCUGAGGUGGGAAUUCCUGCUGAUGGGAAAGGGAUGAUCAACCUGAUUGCAGCAGUUCAGAAACAGCAGCAGCAGUCAGGAAACCACCCAAUCACAGUGCAUUGCAGUGCUGGUGCUGGAAGGACAGGUACAUUCUGUGCCCUGAGUACUGUCUUGGAAAGAGUAAAAGCUGAGGGCAUCUUGGAUGUGUUUCAGACGGUGAAGAGUCUACGGUUACAGAGGCCCCACAUGGUCCAGACACUGGAACAGUAUGAAUUUUGCUACAAGGUCGUGCAAGAAUACAUUGAUGCAUUUUCGGAUUAUGCCAACUUCAAGUGAAAAAUGCUUUCGUAAUAUUUUGUAAUAUUGUAUUUGUUAAUACACCCAAACCUGUGUACAUAUCUUAUUGAUUUGAAAAGUUGGUACCAUGAGCUUCUUAUUGUCUAGAAAUUUUAUAUGUAGCAGAUGUUUAGCAGAUAUUAGUCUAAUUUCAGCAGUUUUAUUGAGCAAUGUAGGCUGAUGUUCAGAAUAAUGUUGAUCAAAUUUAUUUAGUAGCUGCUUGGAAGGGUAUUCAUUGAAUUCAAGGGAUAAACAAGAUAAAAGUUAAGUCAUAUGAUCACAAAAUCUGUGGCUGUAUGAAUUGUUGCCCCUGAAUCAAAUGGUCAUCGCCAGUGCUCUGUUUUAUUUCAACUUUGAUAAAUAAUCAAGUUAGAAAUAACAUUCUGUCAUUAAUUGAUCAGUGCCAUUUAAAUCUGAUAUCUUUCACUUGGACCAUCUCUUUCUCAGGCAAUUAUCAAUUUUGUAAUUGUAGACUUUAUAUUUUCAAUGUGCCAUUUAAUUUAUCAGAUUUGAAGUAGAAGCAGUACUUUCCAUUAUUGAGAUUUGUAGAAAGGCAAAGCGCCUUCAGAAACGCUUAUCUAUACGACUAUAUUUGUAGAAAUGCAGACCUGUAAAGGGAAUACAAUAAGAAAAUACUGCUUUUAAGAAAAGCUUUUUUUUUGCAGGCCUGCACAGGCUGAACUAAAAUAUACUGGAUAAUACUACCUGCAUUAUUUUUCACAUAAGCCAAAAUCUACAGUGUCCUGGUUCUUCACAAGACUUUGGUCUUGUACGGUUAGAACAUAUCUCUCACCAUUUUCUUUUCUCCUGUAUUAAAAAUACAUGGAACUUGUUAUAAAGUUCUGUACAAGUUAAAAGAUGUGUGGGCUUCAAAGUAAUAAGUUUGGAAAAACAGUCUUGAUAGGACAAUAUAAAAGAACGUUCCUUAACUAUAGCUACUGUGUACUGUACAUACAAGCUGCAACUUGAAGGGUAUUGAAUUAUCUGUUAUGUUUAUUCUUAAAAUCUACUUGUUAAGCUUCUGUUUCAGUAUGUUUUUAAGAAAGUAAGUGAAUGAUCUGGAAAGUUUCUAAAAUGUGUGAAAGACUUGCCUGGGAUUUACCAUCACUUUCUUUUAGACACAACUGCCUCAUUUUCCAACUUUUCCUUAUUAACAUAGCCUUUGUGCAAAGGUGGAGCUCAAUAUUAGUAGCUUGCACAGGGAGGAAAAAAGACCAAUUAAAUUCAAUGAUUAAAAUGUCAUGUUUAGGUAUCUAGUUUUGGACCAAAACUUUAACUAUUCAAGUUGUGGCUUAAAAAAAAUCUUCAAGCAAGGUUUAAAGUUGAUCUUUUUUUUGAAAAGCUAGUUUUAAAUGUAAAUGUCUUUGAUUUAUCAUUCGCUCCUAACAAUUAUAUUUUUUCUUAAAAUGUACAAAUAACUGUAGUUUCGUAACCUGUAUUUAUUUUUUUAUGAUAAGGAGAAAAUUUGGUGGAUUUUUUAAGUUUAUUUUUAAGUUUAUCUUUUAGUAGUUUAGGAGCACUUAUUGCCAGGUAAUUGAGGUGAAGACAAGUUGGGUCAAUAUUUGGAUAACAUAGCUUACACCGGCUUGUACAGUGACCUGUAUGACAUAUGGUGCAUAGUCCCAUUAAGUUAUUUGAGUUUUGAUCAUGGCAUACUUGUUUACCAAGUUCUCCAUAGUGCAUUCAGUGGAUAGACUGUGCUAACUUACUCUAUGUUGAAUGGAUUAAAUGUCAGCUUCCUAUCUUCAGUAAUUCGGCUAUCACUGACCGCACUAGUGUAAAUAUAUAUUGACUGAAUCCCUGACUCUUAAAACUUUGAUAUUUUGGGACAAUGGCUAAGUUAAAGCUAUAAUUGGAAUAAAUGUGCUCAUUAAAAAAA